GUUUUACAUAAGUGGCGAUCAAUUUUUUCAAUAAUAUUUCACGAAUGUAUGAAGUAUUAUAUAGUAAUAGAAGUGUUUCGUGUUGAAAACUUUUGUCACGACUCAACUUAUUCAAAUAUACGAUCAUGACUUUGCCCACCAUUACGUCAAAUUCUAAAGAUCAAGAAGAAAAAAUUGAUAUCAAAAGUUUGGAACCGCUAUUGAAGCGGACUUUAGAUGAUGAUACACUGAAAGUAAUUGACUAUGAAGCAACAAGUUUACUGCCUGCAGGUGAAAACUACUGCAGUGUUCUGAUUAAAUUAGAUGUAAAGCUGAGAAGGAAUGACACAGAAAAAAUGUGUCAUUUCGUUGCAAAAACACCGUCUCCUAAAGAAAAGUCUAUAGUAGAUUGGUCACUGAUUUUUAAAAAAGAGCUGUUUAUGUAUACCGAGAUACAUCCGUUAUACAGAGAACUUGAGAAAGAAGCUGGUAUUAAAGAAGACAAUCUAAUCAAUGCUUGGCCAAGAUAUAUUGGCCACAGAAAUUCACUGAAAAAUGGCACGGAGAUUAACGAAGAUUCAGUAAUGUUAAUGGAGAACAUUACAACUCAAGGAUUUUAUAAUAUGGACAGGAAGAAAGGUUUGGACGUACAUCACGCGAGCAAAGCUUUAACAGUAUUGGCAAGAUAUCAUGCGCUGGGUAUUGUUAUGAAGCAGCGACGACCAACGUUUGCGUAUAAAGCUGUAGAGCAAUCUCAAAUAAUAGGAUUAGCUUUAGAGUUUUUAGACCAAGGUUACGAUAGCAUAUUCGAGACGAUUGUCAAGAUACCUUUUCUGCAAAAACAUCUGAGUAUUAUAAAGUUAAGUUUCGAACACGCAAGAAAAGGAAAAAUUUUAAUGACAACGCCUUCAGAGCCAUGGGCUUUGAUAUCCCAUGGUGAUUUCUGGAUGAACAAUAUACUGUUUCACAAAGACGAGGAUGGCAAUAUUGAUGAUGUCAAAUUCGUCGACUUUCAAAUGUACCGGUAUACGAGCCCACUCACAGAUCUCGUGUACUUCUUAAAUGGAAGUCUUGACUUAAUUACACAGACUGAUCAUUUUCGCGAGUUGAUUGAUCUUUACUACAAUAACUUUAUUGAGACGUUGGAUCGCAUGAGCUGCGAUACUUUACCAUUCGCAAGAGAAAGUUUUGAACGUGAGUUGAAAAAGCAGGCGAUCGAUUAUCUGCCCCUUUGUGUAUUGGCGGCAAAAAUGAUUGUGUUUGAAGUUGAUGGUAUCGAUAAUAAUAAAAGUGGAAGUGAAUUAGGCUAUACCAUUUUUAUGUCUGAAAUCAGUGAUAUUUUUGAAGCCAAAUUAAAAGGACUUAAUGAAACGUAUGAAAGAAUGGGAUGGUUUUGAUUGAAAAAUUAUUUAGGAUAAAUUAUGUGUGGAACUACAAUUGCAAAAUUUAUACGUUUAACUGAUGAAUAUGUAUGUAAUAUCUAUUAAUAUCUUAUACCAAAAUUGCAUAGUUUAAGAAAAGUGACUUAUAUUUUAAACAAUGUAUUGAAUUAUUACAAGACCAUUUCGGUAUCUUCAUUUAUAUACUCAUUUGCGAUUUUUAAUAUUUGUUUGAAGAAUCCUCUUGAUGCAUUUAUCAGUUAUUUAUAUAACGUGAUUAUAUAUACUAUAGCAGAAACGAAAUUGUAUAUGAUAAUUUUUUUCAAACAGCGUGUAUGUGUACCAAAAUUACCAUAGCGAUUCUGGUUAUUCGGAAACCACUUUAAAGUGUAAAUUCAAUAAUUUG